GUGCACACUUCCUUCAAACACGUGUUUCACUGGGACAAUAGUGAGUGGUGCACACUUCCUUCGCCCGGCCACAGAAGACAAAAAAGAGUUGCUGGUGUAACAAUAGGAAGAAUAUAUUCCACUCCUCUCUUGUACACGCGGCUUAUGAGAUGAACGCUCGUCAAGAAGAACGUCCCCUUCAGCAGCAGGAGGAUCCACAGCCCCCCCACAUUAAAGAGGAAGAGGAGGAAGUGUGGAUCAGUCAGGAGGGAGAGUGUCCUGUAGGGCAGGAGGAGGCUGAUGUCAGCAAGUUUCCACUGACUGUUGUCUCUGUGAAGACUGAAGAGCAUGAAGACAAACCACCUGAGUCCUCACAGCUUCAUCACAGUCCAAACGUCCAGCAGGUGUCAGCAGAGAGUCAUGAAGAGAUUCCCUCCAAGCAGCAGGAGUGGAGCUCCAGUGUGGGACAGAAGGAGCUACAGACCCCCUCCCACAUUAAAGAGGAAGAGGAGGAACUGUGGAAGCAGCUUCAAAGGUUGGUGGAGGAUAAUGAUGAAGAUGAAGCUCAGUCCUUACAGCUUCAUCACAGUCAAAGUGAGGAGAACAGAGGGGCGGAGCUUGUAAGUCAACACAUCACAGAAGCUGAUGGAGAGCAUUGUGAAGAUAUAAAGUCGGAACCAGACAGCAUCUUUGCUCCACUGUCAGACAUGGACCACAUGAUGUCAGACUCUUCUGAUCACAGUGACCACAUUCAAGAACCUUUGGAGAGUAAAAAUGACUCUAAAGGUGAUACGAGACAUCACACUAACAACAAAGACUCUGACUGCUCUGAAUGUGGGAAAUCAUUUAGACUGAAGACUGAUUUUACAAGACACAUGAGAAUACAUACUGGAGAGAAACCUUUUACUUGCUCUGUUUGUAAGAAAAGUUUCUCCACAAAGCAACACAUGACCACACACAUGAGAACACACACCGGAGAGAAACCUUUUACUUGCUCUGUUUGUAAGAAGAGUUUCUCCGUUAAGCCUGCCAUGACCAGACACAUGAGAACACACACUGGAGAGAAACCUUUUACUUGCUCUCUUUGUAAGAAGAAUUUCUCCAGAAAGUCUAACAUGACCGAACACAUGAGAACACAUACUGGAGAGAAACCUUUUACUUGCUCUGUUUGUAAGAAGCGUUUCUCCACAAAGCAGCAUAUGAUCACACACAUGCAAACACAUACUGGAGAGAAACCUUUUACUUGCUCUGUUUGUAAUAAGUGUUUUUCCAGAAACCCUGACAUCUCCAUACACAUGAGAACACACACUGGAGAGAAACCUUUUACUUGCUCUGUUUGUCAGAAGAGUUUCCCCACAAAGUCUAACAUGACCUCACACAUGAGAACACAUACUGGAGAGAAACCUUUUACUUGCUCUGUUUGUAAGAAGACUUUCUCCACAAAGCCUAAGAUGUCCGCACACAUGAGAACACAUACUGGCGAGAAACCUUUUACUUGCCCUGUUUGUAAGAAGCAUUUCUCCACAAAGCUUGUCAUGACCAGACACAUGAGAACACACACUGGAGAGAAACCAUUUAGUUGCAAUGUGUGUGAUAAGAUGUUCCGGCAUAAGUGUCAGGACAGUAAACACAAGUGUGUAACAGUCAUGGAAGCUGCAGGGAUUUAAAAACACUUAGUGAUUGUGCUAAAUGUACUUUAAAAACACAGCAUGUUUAAUAUGAAUGUAUAUUUGAUGUUGUAUGUAGUGCCUCUCAUCUUCUACUGUUAAAUUUAAAGGCCUACUGAAAGCCACUA